ACCGAGUAAAACUCAUGGCACACUAGCAUGCAGUUAUUGCGCGAUAACACCCAUCGCAUCGUCUCGUAAUCUUAUCGCAAAGGUAGCAUCCCCCUAAUCUAGCCAUACUUAUCGCCUCACCACCACCACGACUCAGUCUGUGAGCAAUCGCCCAUCCAACCGGUGGCGACGCGGCAACAAUGACAUCGGACCCGAAAGUUCCCCGCUACGUGCAAAACGGCAUCAAGAAGGCCGCCCAAAGCCUGCAGUUCAGCAACGGUCACACCGUGGACUACGAUUUCCGAACCGGGUCGCACAGCUCCGGAUGUGUCUCCGUAGUGUAUCAGAUUACGCUGCGGGAAGAGCCGCGCGAGGUGACGCUUCUCUGCAAGGUUCCACCUCCGGACGUGGAUGACGCCCUGCUGGCACUGUUCGAGCGCGAGGUGUUCGUGUAUCAACGCCUACUGCCAACUUUUAGCCAGUUUCAGGAAGAGCACGAUAUACUGCCAGGGACGGAGGAGUUUAUCUACGCUCCGGCCUGUCACUAUGCCUACUUUGAUGCGAAAAAACGCGAAGGAUUGCUGAUUCUGGAGGAUGUGGGAAGGAGACUGUUCGGUAACCGGAAGAAGUACGAACCGAUUGAUUACGAUCAUGGGCGGUUGGCUAUGAUUCAGUUGGGGAGGUUCCACGCGGUGUCGUUGGCUCUGAAGGACCAACUUCCGGAGGUGUUCAAAGGUUUCCAACAGCUGGAGGACGUCACGCGAGAUCAGGUGACGUCGAUGAAAGGGUUCAAGGAAAUCAUGGAGCUGUCGUUCGACCAAGCGAUUGAGACUUUGAAUGUGCACGAGGUGACCAAGAAGGACAAGUUGAACAGGUUGAAGACAAAUUUUGUCGAGGAGUUGAAGAUGGUGGCAGACAGCGAGCUGAGUGAACCGUUCUGUGUGAUGUGUCAUGGAGACUACAGUUCAAGUAAUGUUAUGUAUAGAUACAAUGGUGGUUUCCCGAAUCGAUUGGUUAUGCUUGAUUGGCAACUGACUAAGUACGGAUCGCCCGCUUUGGACUUCCUGCACUUCAUGUUCCUCAGUACGGACGAAUCCUUCCGGCGUAACCACUACGAUAACAUGCUUCAGACGUAUCACAACGCUCUCUUGGGCCAUCUGGAGCGUUUGGGAAGCGAAAACGCGACCGAACGCUUUCCACUAACUAGCUUGAUGAGGCUGCUCAAGACACAGGCUAAAUAUGCGGUAACGCUGGCAGUUUUGCACAUUCCCAUGACAAUUUUCAAGGCUGGCGAAGAGGCAACCGGACAAGAAGAUGGGAACGACAAAGAAAACAACGGUAGUAGGACUAGUGAAACAGUCGACGCCAAGUAUCACAGCCGGAUGAAUGGAUUUCUUAAAGAUGUAUUUAGGUUAGGUUACUUGUGAUUGACAUUAAAGGUCCAUCUGAUUCCUUAUA